AACUUUGCCGCCCCGUGCCCCCCUGUGGUCGUCCACUGAGGUCGUACGGCGGGUCACAACAUUAGAAGACCGCAGCAUUUAUUUUGAUAAGCCAAACAAGCAAAGAGACGUCCGUGACCACACCUCAAAAGGGAAAGAAAUGUUUGGCGUCCCACUUGACCUCGCCAAGACGUCCUGAGAGCGACCAUGGCGUCUCUGGGACAGAUCAUCUUCUACACCAUGGUCACGCUCAUCGUGGUCUUCUCGGCCCUCAUCAUCCUCAUCCUGGCCUUGACCCUCUCAGGCUCCUUGCCGUUGGUCCAGAGUCUCAACAGACUUCCUGUGGCCAACUUGGGCCAAGAUCACGUCCUCAACUGCUUCCUGCCAGCAGACGGCGAGCAAAGCUUCAGGCAGGUCUCCGUCACGUGGACGAAGGCGUCGCUGACCGGGGUCGUCUUUCGUUACGAGGACGGCGCCGAGAGCAAUGGCGACCAGAACGCUCAGUUCAGAGGCAGGGCGGAGCUCUUCACCGAUGCAGUGGUCAGAGGGAACGUCUCGCUGCUGCUGAGGACCGUGAGACGCGCGGACCAGGGCGAGUACACGUGUUCCGUCAGGUACUCGGAGGGCAGCGGCCAGGUCAACAUCCGCCUGAGGACAGCAGCCUUCACAGCGCCCACCUUCACCCUGUCAGACGGCGGCCUGACAGCGGAAGCCAGCAGGUGGUCGCCCAAGCCCAACGUGACGUGGCUCCACCCUGACGGCGGCGUCCUGCCGGCCAACACCGAGCUCCAGGAGAUCUCUACAGAAACAUUCCGCCUCGUCAGCACCUUGCGGCCCAUCAAUGACAGCGACACGUACACCUGCAGGAUCGACAACCGCUUGGUGACCGCGCAUGCCGACGCCACUGUGACAGGCUUUGAAGUGUCAGCGAGAACUCGCUUCACCUUUGACCCCGCGGCCGCCAUGAUGGCGUCACGUUACGUCGUGGCCUCAUGCAUCUUCUGCAUCCUCGUCCUUUGAUCUGCUCGACUAAUAACUCAUUCCAUCAUUAGUCCGAACAAAGACUAUUGGGGAGACAACAGUAUUACUUUGAUUACAUAUUCAUUAGAAGGUGUGUCAAAAUUAAGUACAUCUUUAAGUAAUUACUUCAGUCAGUCAAUUAAUUGUAACAGCAAUGAAGCCGAGUUUGAAGAGUAAAAACAAUUCAUGAAGU